AUGACCUUUAGGCCCAGGUUAAACAGGUAUAAAAUCAAUAUUUUUCUUAUACAGAGUGAUUAUACAGAAGAUGCAACUGAUACUAAGCCCGAUAGGGAUAUUGAGUUAGAGCUCUCAGCACUUGAUACUGAUGAACCUGAUGGACAAAGUGAACAAAUUGAAGAGAUUCUGGACAUACAGCUUGGUAUCAGUUCUCAAAAUGAUCAGUUGCUGAAUGGAACAGCAGUGGAAAAUGGGCAUUCAGUCCAGCAACACCAAAAGGAGCCACUUAAGCAGAAGAGACAGAGUUUAGGUGAAGACCAUGUGAUUCUGGAAGAACAAAAAGCAAUUCUGCCGGUAACUUCUUGCUUUAGCCAGAAACUCCCAGUGUCUAUUAGCAAUGCAAGUUGCCUCCCCAUCACCACAUCUGUCAGUGUUGGCAACCUCAUUCUGAAAACUCAUGUUAUGUCUGAAGAUAAAAAUGACUUUUUAAAACCUGUUGCAAAUGGGAAGAUGGUUAACAGCUGAAAGGAGAUUCAUCUUUCAAAUUUGUGACCACACCAUGGAAGCAUUUACACUAGCUUUUUAUAUAUAUAAUAUAUAUUAUAUAAUGUAUAUUUUUUUUAAAAAAAAGAUAUUACUGGGGGCAUCCAUUUCCUGUGGACUCUUUGAUACUUCAAGCCCUCUUGCAUUAGCAUUAUAAAAAAAAGAAAAUUUACUUUACUAGGGUAACAUGUUCACUUUCCAGAAAUAAUUGGAAUCUGGACAACAUUUAACUUAAGCUUCAAGCAGCUUUUUAUGAGUUUGUAGCAAUCCGGUGCAGUAACUGAGCCAUUUCCUAUUUUAAAUGGCUUCUGUAGAAAAUUAACAACUCAGUUAUUAAACUAGCAGGAUCCUACAAUGAUACAUCUAGUGAAAGUAGACUUAAUUAACUUAUUUAUUUCUAUUUUAUGUUUCACUGAGAGAAAUUUCCAUCUCAUUCCAGCUGCUUUAUUUAUCUUUUUCAUGGAACUUUGCAUGGAUUUUGUUUUCCUUUUUUUCUUUUCUUCUUUUGAAGAGUGGAGUUAGAUGUUCUUACCAUAGAAUUUUACAGGGUUAUAUACUAGCUUUCUUUACUGCAUUAUAUGUAGGAGUGUGGUGCAGUGCUUUUAUCUGUAACAUUUAAUUUUUUUUUUAAUUCUCCAUUUUUCAAGAAUAGUUUCUGCUUUGUUAAUAUUUAUACACAGGCUACUUGUUGAGUAAUUAAUUAAAAAUAUAACCAAGUGCCUAAGUCUUUCAGCUGAUAUACUAGAUAUUAAAUUCUCCUAAGUUAUGCAGAAUCGUUUUUACAAUUUUGAUAAAUUAUGCACUAAUGUAAUGGCAGUUUUUUAAAAUGCAGAUUUAAGCCUGUACAUUAUUGAAUCUGAUGACUUGGCAAAAGAAUCAGGUGCUUUCAGCUUUCUUGAGAAAACCCUGUAUGUAGCGUUUGCACUGACUAACAAGAUGGUAUUGCUGGGUUUUUAAUUUAAACUAAUUAAUUUGGAUGUUCAUUGCAUUAUCUUGGUUAAAUAUUAUUUGUUGUUAUUUCAUGUUGGGGUUUAAUUUUCCUUCUUUUUUUUUUUUUUUUUUUUCUGUUAGGUUGAUAAAACUAUGAACCAUGUAAUAGAACAGUGUGUAACAUGUAUUCAUACUUAAUGAAUAAUUUUUGCUCUGCUAAAAUGUGACUGAAAUUGUUUUGACUUGGCAUCUCAAAAUAUGCAGUAUGUUCACACAGCCAUGCCCCAAAUUUGUGGGAAGUAUUUUAUUGAAACCUAAAUUUCAGUCAACAUUGGCAACAAAAGCUGGGCAUUCUUUCCUGGUGAUCUUAUCUGUAGUUUUUUUGUUUUUUCUUUGUUACUUUAAGAUUAGUUUGACUUGUAUUAUUAUUAUUUUUUUAAUUAACUUCUGUGAAGUUGUUUACUCUGAAAAUUGUACUGGAAUAUUUUAAGCCAAGCUGAUCUUUCACCAGGUGUACUGUAUGUAAGGGCUUUUCCUGCUAGCAAGAUGCUUAAACAGGAUCAUGUUAUUGGUCGUCUGAGCUAUUUAGUUGUUUUACAAAACCACAGCAUUGUAUCAGAUAAGAUUUUGAUAAACAGUUUUGUGCACAUUUCCAGGGGCGGGAGGGUUAACAUUUCCCUGAAAUUUCUUGAUCAGAUUGAGUAAAUACUGGUGUUUGAUACCUGUCUUAAUGAACAUGCUCAUAAGGUGACUGAUAAGUUGUAAAUAUACCUGAGAAACAAAGGGGUAGUUUUGAUAUUCUGGUGUCAGUAUGGAAGAUCUUACACAUUUAUUUAAUACUCAAGUGUAUGAAGAUGUUUGUUUGUAGUGUAACAGCACAGUACCCUUGACUUAGUUUCCUUUGGUUAGUAUUGUACCUUUUUGCCAUGGCCAGUGCUCCUCAUCCUUACCAAUGCAUUUUAUUUAUUUCACUCUGUAACCUGAAAUGAAUAGGAACAAGAGUUUUAAACCAUGUUACAUUAACUUAUUUCUGACAUUAUAAAUUAGCCUAGGAUAUUGCAGGAACAUGAUUGUUAUAUAAUUUAUAUCAGAACCUUUCUAUAAAUAUGUGCUUUUUACAUUUGAAAUGCUUCCAAUGUACUUUAUUUGCUGUUUGUAAUUCCAAAAAGGAUAUGCAAACCAAUCUGUCUAUUUCAUGGAUAUUUAAUAGUGAGAUCUUCCAUGUUGAAGGUAAUGUAUUUUUUUUUAAGAUUUUAAAAUUGCUAUUUUGUUACAAAAUAGAGACCUAUUAACAGUUUGAGAGCUCCUUAUGUGCCCUCAGGGAAAGAACCCUCUGUGCAACAGAACUACACAAAACAUCUUCAGCACGUUCUGAGGGUGAAUAUAUACUACAUAAAUUGAUCUUGUGUAUUUAACCUUAUCUUUUUAAUUUUAAAAUUGAAAUUUUGAAACUUGGUUGUGCUCUGCUGGAGGGGGUUGGGAUAAACUGCUUAGGUGUUUGCCUACUUGUCCAGUGAAAUUACAUUUGCAUCAGUGUAUGUAUAUACCUGCCAACCUUAUUGGUAUGUCUCAGAAUAUUUAUAUUAAAAUAAUGCUUGUCUUGCAGCAGGUGAUCCCAUAAAACAAUGACUCUCUGUUUUUUAAAAUUUACUCUUUUUCUCACUAACAACAUAGGAAUUGUUUCUAUGGUGAGAUUAUUCUGUGUUGCAUUCUUUAUGUAGUGACCACCUCUGUUUGUCAUGGUGGAUUUAAGUAAAGUAAAGCCAUUGGAUGGUUCUCUGCUACUUUAGAAGAAAGCUGUUCAUCUGUUCCUUCUUCACAAUGGUACCUAUUGAUAUUAUAGAGGACAAUAUUACAAACUAGACCUCAACAUGACUGUUAAAAUUGGGGACAUUUCUUAUUAUUUGACCCUUCUGUCUGCAGGUUGUGAAGUAUAUGUGUGUUUAGAAUCAGGAUACAGAAUGAGAGAAGUUUGUAAUACUGGUAACUAAACUGCAUAUGUUGCCAGUGGUCUAAUCAGGAAAAAGUAGUCUGAGGUCUAGAAAGCAGGAAAGUGAUAUUUUCCUUUCCUUUCUUUCUUUUUUUGAUUUUCUAAGUCCCAUUUUUAAAUCCAUGUGCCUCAUUCAGAUACUGUGGUAGUUGUCUUUUGUGAUCUCAUUUCAUUUUAUGAAUCCAGAGAGAGUUACAUAUGCAUUCUUCUAGUUGGUACCUGAACAAAGCAGAUUGCCUUGCCUUUGCUGCCAUGACUUAUUAUUUUCAAUGCUAUGGAUAAACAGUAAUUUUCAAGAGAAGAUAAUUCAUCAGUCCAGUGGCACUGAUUUUUUUCCCCUAGGAGCCAUUACCAUAGAAAGAAAAUAAAAGAAGCCUCCAUAUUAGAACUGAAAUUUUCCAUUUGUAUGGAUCUAGUCACUUUCACUCAGAUUUUAAGUUGAUGCUAAAUAUAUAAAACACAUCCCAAUUUUAUAUUCUGCCUUAAGAAAAUUACAAUGAUGCAUAAGCAGUUUUGUAGGAAUUUAAAAUGGAACCCUUUAAACAUUUGAAAAUAUUAUUUUAAUAACCAUCUAGCUUGCUUUCUCAUUUUAGAUAUUAAAGCUCAUGUUGUCUUGUUAACAACAGUGAAAUUUAUAACAAUCAGAUUCAGCAUGUGAUUUCAACUUUGAGUAUUUCUUCCCUAGCUUCUUCAAGUCAUUUUCUAAGCAGACCAUCUCCAGUAUUUGUAACUGUCAUUAAAAGGAAAAAUUGCAUUGCAACUACGUAUUAGAUUUCCUGGAAGAAAUUUUCUUGUGUUUUAGUGAAUAAAGGGUGUUGAUGGGAUCACUUACUGUAACUCCUUCUCUUUAAGGACCCCUGUGCAAGCAGAACACAAAUGAACAUGCUCAAAGAGUAUCUCAUUUUCUGGAUAAAUUGACUAAGUUUGCUGGUAACUCCUUUAUACUAGUGGUUUCUUUGUAUCCCUUUGCUGGCAAGGGAAUACAAGGAGUCAAAGCCACGGAUCAGAACACCCCACAUUUGCGUGGAGUCUUAUUUUUACUCCAAGAGCAGUUAUUCCCCCAAAUCCAAAAUUGAAAGAUUCUUUCUUUUUUUAAAAAACAAAAUUUUAAAAUGUCCCCAAACCAGUGAAACACAGACACUGGCUGCACUUAGUACUGCCAAAAGCCAAGGUCAUUUGCACAUAUUCCAUCAACCUGUCAAGAAUUAGGCCUCACUUUAUAACCCAAGGCAUGGAAGUGCAUGCAUUCUCUUAGCUGGGCAAACAAUUAUACUGUAGUUGUGAUACAACACACGUGGCUUUUAUUUGUACUGCACAUAUCCACUGUACAGCCACUUGGGAGUAUCGUGGUUAGCUCGCAGCAACUGCUGUCUGCAUUUAUACUGUUUAUUGCAUAUUCUUUUCCCUGGAAGUGAAAGAGAAAUGUUUUUCUUGUUGCAUUGAUUACAUUUUAUAAAUUUGCUUAGCUGGAAAGUUUGGGAAAAGAGGCCUGUUUGUCAAUUGUACAACCGAUUGUGAAGCUCUAGUGUGAAUAUUUUUACGUCUGUAUUAGACAUUUUCUUUGCAAAUCUAUUGUUCGAUUGAAAUGUAAAUGAAAUUAAAGAUGGUGUACACCCAUCAUGUAAAAAGCAGGCACCAUCUCUAAGAUGGAUUUAAUGCUCAUUUUUAAGGCAUAUACUCAGCUUCUAUUUAAAACUAUAAUUUAAAAUAAUUCUGUACAAUGAAAUGGGGAAUAUAUAUGGGAAUAAAUUCUAUUCCAUUUAUUUCAAUUUGAAUUUCCAAAUUGUAAUGUUUCCCUUUGUGCUAUAGGAAUAGGAUUAAAUGGGGGAAGGCUAGGACUUAUAAGGCCUGUAUAUGGGGGGAGGGCAGAGAUGGAACAAUGAGGGUUGUGAUGAUAGUGAAUAGCAAAGAGUGAAUUCUGUGUGUUUUUGCCGUAGCACUGAAGUGAAGAGAUAUUAGCUUUGGCUGUUCACAAAAUAGAGCAUCAUGAUUUUCAGUGUUUGAGAGAAAAUUGAUGGAAAAAGUUUGCAGUACUUGACAUGUAUUUGCAUGCACAAAAUAAAAUUAUUUGUCCACCUUAAAA